CUCAGUAAUGCCAAGCCUCCCAUGCACAAAAACACACACACACACACAUAUAUAGGCAUGCAUAAAUAAUAAUAUAUUUGCAGUCCCUUUACGCUAUUUCAUAGAUUUGGAAUGUAUAAAGAUAUAUAACUUAAUUGAGGUUUUAUUCAAAGCCUACGAUCACCUGAAGAACAUCAAGAGACCACACAUAUAGGAUCAGAGUGGAUCCCAAAGGUCUGAAGUGACGGGACAUUUUGGGCGUCUGUUUUGUUGGACUCAGUAACACAGAUCAUACGUCACACCAGUCGACGUCUGCUAGUCAAGACUAAUCAUAGAGUUUUACCAACAUACUGGAUUUAUAUAUUCUUCAGUGCUCUUUUGUUUAAGGUUGGAAAGUGUUAACAUUGUCUGCAUUGCAUCAUGGACCAGGAGGAUGACAAAAACUCUGUGGAUAUCCAUGACAAUCCUCCAGUUCCUGACAAUGUAGUGAAGGAGGAGGGAGACACAGUCUACUUCAUUUACGAAGAGGAAGUUGAAGUGGAGGAAAAGGAACCAGAACCUCCCCCGGAGCCCAUUGUUCGGGUCAAUGACAAACCCCACAAAUUCAAGGAUCACUACUGCAAGAAACCCAAAUUCUGCGAUGUCUGUGCUCGCAUGAUCGUCUUGAACAACAAGUUUUGUCUGAGGUGUAAAAACUGCAAGACCAACAUCCAUCAUUCAUGCCAAUCCUAUGUCGAGUUCCAGAGGUGUUUUGGCAAAAUUCCACCCGGAUUCAGAAGAGCUUACAGCUCCCCUUUGUAUGGCAGUGACCAACCCGAUCCAAAUAAUCCAAACCGGAAUGACCCCGUCUUUGACACCUUGAGAGUGGGUGUCAUCAUGGCAAACAAAGAGCGCAAAAAGAAUGAAAACGACAAAAAAAAUAUGAUGAUGAUGAUGGAAGAGGAGGAGGAGGAGAACCAACAACCCAAAGAAAAUGAAGAAGGAGGAGAAGGGAAACCUGAGGAUAAGAAAGAAAAAGGAGGAGACAAAACAGAUGACAAGAGUAAAGGGACUUUCACGGGCUCUCACUAUUACCUGGCUCUCUACCGCUUCAAGGCCAUCGAAAAGGACGACCUUGACUUCCACCCUGGUGAUCGGAUCAUAGUCCUAGAUGACUCCAAUGAAGAGUGGUGGAGGGGGAAGAUGGGCGAGAAGACGGGUUACUUUCCUACAAACUACAUCAUAAAAGUCCGUGCAUCCGAGAGAGUUUUCAAGGUGACCCGCUCUUUUGUGGGCAACAGAGAGAUGGGACAGAUUACUUUAAAGAAAGAUCAGAUUGUGGUGAAGAAAGGAGACGAGAAAGGGGGCUACCUGAAGGUCAGCACCGGACGCAAGCUGGGCUACUUCCCUGCUGAUUUGCUCCAGGAGAUCACUGUGACAUAAAACCAGAAACAUGUAACAGGGCUGCAGCACAUCCAAUGUGUUCUCUGAUUUUCAUAGACUGCUUCUUCAUGUAUUUAAUACCAAACUGGUCUUUGUUUUGAGUUAAGUUUUAAAAUAAUGUUCACACGCUUUAAAGUUGUUCUCAUAUUAGUUUACAGGAAUCCUAGUUAAGUAAAUUAAAAUGAUGAAAAUGUAAAAAUAAGCACUGAUUGGAGCAUGGGUGAGGCACAGCAUUAAUAAAAACUGCAUUUCUGCACAUUCAAAGAUUUCAUGAUUAUUCUUUUUAUUAUUUACAAAUAAAUAUUUCCCCUUUUUAAUUUAUCUUAAUACCUACAUUUAAAUAAAACAAUUUGCCUUUAUGUGCUAAAAUUUUAUAGUGAUUGAAUUUACAUUUGUAAAUUUGACGGUGGUAAAGCACUAUUUUUCUAAAUUCAUUAAUUAUUGUUUGUGCCAGAUUGGCAAGAAAACCAAGUACAAUAGUAUUAAGCCUUACUUUAGGCUCUGAACAAUUUGAAACAGAAGAAGAAAAAAUAUUAUUGUACAAUCUGGUCCUUUACAUGAACAGAAUGAAUGAAUGAAGUAAAAUCACAUCUUUCUAAAAACAUUUUUUUGAUUGCUAUUUAUUUUGAUACUAUGUUUAGUGAAUUCUAGUUUUACCCACUUUAAACUGAUAUGUUUCUGUUUCUAUAAUGCUUGUAGAGUUUUAAAUUUGUAUUGUCUUCUGUUAAUUGCCAUCUUCUAAAACCAAAAAAAUAUUAAUUGAAUAAAGUCAGGCAAAAAGUAAAAUAAUUCCAAUAAACUAAAUCCCCAAACUUUGACUCUCCAAACUGAUUUUUGUGUGUUUUCUACUGCCUUGUUUUUAAUUGCUUUUCUGUUAUAAACAAGGGAUUUGUGUGUUCAGAACAAAACUAUGGAAGUAUAAAGGAACAGUAUAACAAACGCAAGGAGUGACAAUUAAAUACAAUUCUUAUUCCAUAUAUAAUUCUAUAUUUCCAUUUUAACUUUUGUCUAAUAUAGCUAUAAGAAUUUCUAAUUCACUCAUUAUCUGGUCAAUGCUUAGUAUACAUUUUAUUUUAUUUUCAGUCAACUUUCAUAGAUUUCCAAAUCCCAUUCCUGACACAAACCUGUAUUUUUCUGGAUGGGACCGGCACAAGGAGGACCACUGACUGUAUAUUUUCUAGUUUAAUAAUAUAAUGCUAAUAUGCCUGGUAUGUAACACUAGUAUAAUUCAUUAAAAUAUGUCUGUGGGGAGGACUCAGACUUGAGGCUUUUUACCUAGGCAGUAGUGUGAAAGGUCCAGCCCAAGGACCAACACUAGAUUACACUCAUUGCACUCCCUGGUUAGCAAAUCCAGCAUUCCUGUGCCGAUCCUACACCCAGACAACUGAGCCAUCCAUCUACUAUUUUUAUUAAAUUGUGGAAAUAUCUAAAAAAAAAAAAAAAAAA